CUUAAGGAUCUGUAGUGUUACUACUUUAUAACUCCCCCCCACCGUGUGUGUGAUUAAUACUGGGUUAUAAGGUUUAAGAUUACAGGGUAUAGUUUUACACUGCACCCAUCUCAAAACACUUUUUGAAUGAAAAGAAUGGGAAUAUAUUCACAUCAUGACAUAUACAACUUCAUAGGGGCAAUAGAAGAAAAUAAUAAAGUGGUAUUGCUGUUUUUUAUUUUGCUUGUAUUCUAACUUGAAACUUUCAGGGGCCAGGAGCUAGCAUAAUGGGUGCAUCUUAGCCUGGAUUCCGUCCCCAUCCCUUCAUGGGGGCACCUUAGAUCCUUCCAGCAGGAGUUCCACUCAUGACAGAGCAAUGUUUGGCAUCUUUACCUCUCUCUCCUCUUUCUCUCAAAGGACAUGAAGAGGAAUUGGACCAGGGAGGUUAUUUAGGAGUGUUGUGCAUGUACAGGCCCCUAGGUACAUUCAGCACACUAUUCCUUGUUGAAGAAGGAUCUAAAAAUGUGCAACUGGGCUCUUUAAUUGGUUUGCUAGUUGAGGAGGGGGAAGAUUGGAAACACGUUGAAAUUCCCCAAGAUAUGGGUCCACCUCCAGCUUCACAACCUUCAGUGCCUGGCCCCUUACCAGAGGUGCAAAUUUCUACCCCUGUUAAAAUGGAAUCCACAGUGGGAAAACUGCAGUUCCGUUUAAGUCCAGCUGCUCGGAAUAUUCUGGAAAAACAUUCACUGGACAGUAGCCAGGGCACAGCCACUGGCCCUCGUGGCAUUUUCACUAAAGAAGAUGCUCUCAGACUCCUCCAGUUGAAACAGAUGGGCAAGAUCGCUGAAUCCAGACCAACCCCAGCUGCCCAAACCACUCCCACAACUCCCACAGAGCCUUUGGCCCCCCAGGCCACAGCCAUGCCAUCUUAUCCCCGGCCAGUGAUCCCACCAGUAUCAACUCCUGGGCAACCCAAUGCUGCGGGCACAUUCACUGAAAUCCCUGCUAGCAAUAUUCGACGAGUUAUUGCCAAGAGGUUAACAGAAUCAAAAAGCACUGUACCUCAUGCCUAUGCUAGUACUAACUGUGACCUUGGUGCUGUUUUAAAAGUUAGACAAAAUCUGGUCAGAGAAGAUAUUAAAGUAUCAGUAAAUGAUUUUAUCAUUAAGGCAGCAGCAGUUACCCUUAAACAAAUGCCAGGUGUUAAUGUAAGCUGGGAUGGAGAAGGCCCAAAGCAACUGCCCUGUAUUGAUAUUUCAGUGGCUGUGGCAACAGACAGAGGUUUAAUUACCCCGAUCAUAAAAGAUGUUGCCGCUAAGGGUAUACAGGAAAUUGCUGACUCUGUAAAGGUUCUAUCAAAGAAAGCAAGAGAUGGAAAAUUGCUACCUGAAGAAUAUCAAGGAGGCUCUUUUAGCAUUUCCAACUUGGGGAUGUUUGGCAUCGAUGAAUUUACUGCAGUGAUCAACCCUCCUCAGGCCUGCAUUUUGGCGGUUGGACGAUUUCGACCCGUGUUGAAACUCACUGAGGAUGAAGAGGGAAAUGAAAAACUUGAGCAGCACCAUCUCAUCACAGUCACAAUGUCAAGUGACAGCCGAGUGGUAGAUGAUGAACUCGCUACGAGGUUUCUUGAAACUUUCAAAGCAAACCUAGAGAAUCCUAUCCGACUUGCUUAAUCAUCAAAGAAGUUGGCUUGUAGCAUAAUAAUACAAUCUAAGACAUUCACACUCUAGAAAGAUAGCUAAAUUUUCAUGUAGGAAGUGGAAGAAACGACUAUUUAAGGUAAAAGAGUUUGAUCUGAGUUGUCUUCAUUUUCAGUUUGGAUUUAAUAUUAUGUAAAUGAUAACACUGUAACUAAUAAAAGAAAGGUAAAAUCUUGGUUAGCCAGAUCCAUUUUUAACCUCUGGUGCUAAAAGAGGUGUUAAACUAGAUGUAAAUUAAAUUAUCAUUGGCUUAUUUGAGCACUUUGGAAUAUUUAAGUAUGUUUGAUAACUUGUAAAAUUAAAAAAAAAAAGUGCUAGAACUCUUCCUUAAUUGUGUGAAAUUAGUGGUGUACAAAGGGAAAGAUGCUUAUGAAUUCAGCAGUGGAGCCUCACUCUUUUGUAAGCACUGCUCUAGAUAAUACUUGAACAAUUUACUAUGUACCAGAAUUUAUUCUGAACACAAAUCAAUAAAUAAGAAUCAUGUUGUGA